UCUCGCAUAGCCACUCACAAACUGCAAAUUUGCAGUUUCGGCCAUUGUUUUUCUUUCUUUUUUGUGUUGUUUUGUUAUAAAUCAAUCAACAGUAGCGAACCAUGUCGGAUUAUUAUUAUUACUCCGGGUGCCAAGAUCAGUACGAUUCCCAUUUCCUCGAUGCCUGCUCUCUUUGCCGCAGAUCGCUUCACAAUUCCGAUAUUUUCAUGUACAGAGGGAAUACGCCGUUUUGCAGCAAAGAGUGUAGACAAAAACAGAUGGAGAUCGACGAAGCGAGAGAAAAGAACUGGAAAUCCGGUAGAUCUCUUAGGAAAUCAGAUGCCCAGAACUCUACUGGUAACAAAACUGUACGGACCGGCACGGUUGCUGUGAACUAAUCCAGUAAUCACUAAUCACGUCUUGCUUUUUUCUUGCAUUGUGAUGUAUCAAUUUUGAGUAAACAAAUCAAAACGAAGAAGAAACUUCGAGAAAGUUUUGUAUUUUAGGGGUUUUUUU